GUGUGUUCGUAAUCACAUGGCUACCACACGUUGCUGUAUUUUAGUCUAACUUUUAUUAACACUUAAAAAUUAAUAAGAAAGAUUAUAUAUCUCAUAAGUUCCUCAGUUUCGUGUUCGUCUGUUUAGUAUCAUGGCUGAUCGUGUUGAGUUGGUCGCGGGCUGUUAUGAGCAGAUAGUCUGUGGAUAUCGAGUGUGCACCAGUGAAAAGGAGUGGACCAUUGAGCCCAACUUCACGCACCAUGCGCACUCAGCCUCUCUAUCAGCGGUGGCAUCCAACGAUCGCUUCAUUGCCACAGGAAGUAAAGACGAAACGAUUCAACUCUAUGACAUGAGCAAUAAGACUGAACACGGAGCCUUACUGCAUCAUGACGGCACCAUCUCAUGUCUGGAGUUCCACGGCUCGUCUCAUUUACUCAGUGGAGGAGAAGAUGGGCUCAUUUGUGUGUGGAGCACCAAAAAAUGGGAAUGUCUCAAAUCUUUCAACGCUCACAAGGGUCAUGUCACGUCGCUGUCUGUGCAUCCUUCUGGAAAACUUGCACUAUCUGUUGGAACAGACAAGACUUUACGAACGUGGAAUCUGAUAACAGGACGGUCAGCUUUUAUCAAGAAUAUCAAAGAAAAUGCACAGAAAGUGAUGUGGUCACCAGAUGGAGAUCAAUACGCAGUGGUUGUGAAUGACAGAGUGGAUAUUUACAACAUGGAGUCGGCUACGGUUAUUGGAACCAUCGUGUUUCCCAAAAGAAUCUCGUGUCUCAAGUUUCUGAACAACACACUCUUGGCUGUGUCGGGAGACGACGAGAGCGUGCGAGUUUAUGAUGUGACCUCACAGAAGUGCGUGUGCGAGUUUAAAGCUCAUGAGAACAGAAUAAAAGCCAUUGAAAGCUUCAUCAAAGACAAUUUUUGUGUCGUUGUUACGGCUUCAAACGAUGGAUUCAUCAAGAUGUGGAAACUCGAUCUUGAGAACCCUGAGAGCCCUUCUUUGCUUGGCCAAAUAAACACCACUGCCAGACUCACCUGUCUGACUGUCUGGAUACCUGGUGAAGAGAAAGAGACCCCUGUGGAGCAGAACGUUCUACCUGCAACCUCAAAGACUCUUGCAGAGUCCUCAGUGCCAGCCAAAGGUAAAAGAGUGAGAACAACCGACGCGGUCAUUAUAGUGGACGAAACCAGCUCCAGAGAGCAAGGGAAAAAGAAAAGAAGACAAGAAGUGCAAUAAAGAAUUUUAUUCAAA